UCUCUCUCCACACACACACACGCUCCCUCACUUUUCGUGGGAGAAAGUUGGAAGGGGGAGAGCGAAAGAGAGAGAAAGGGAGAGAGAGUAAUUUCAAGUCUCUCUCUGCUCUCUCCACUUUCGGCACUCAUAUCAACUCUGCUGACUCAAUGGGGCUUUAGCAUUAGAGAAUCAAGUAAAAAACAAAAUAUUUAUUUCCCGAAUCCCUAUUUCUAUUUAAGUUUUUGUACAUAGGAUAGGUAGAUAGGUAACUUAUUCAAGACAAGUACAAGCAAUCCGUCAGAAACCCUUCACUAUGGAUAUUGGAGAAUGCCUGUUUCGGAAGAAGCGGAGACCGUGGCGCAUGGAUCUCUCGUUCGCCUUGGUGACUCUGGCUCUCGCCCUGUUCCAAACGCCUUUGGCACAAGCAGAUCCAGUGGAUGUGUUGCGGGUGCUGCAGCUGCCCUCUCUCCCUGAGGGGGUGCAGAAGGUUCCAGGCUUCUGCACGUCCCGUCGCGCUGGCACCGCUGACCAUGCCUACCGCAUCAACAAGAAGGCCCAGAUCUCCGUCCCCACCAGCCAGCUCUUCUCAGGUCGUUUCCCAGAGAACUUCUCCAUCAUGACCCUGGUGAAGGCCAAGGCCGGCCUGCAGGCCUUCCUGCUGUCCAUCUACAGCGAGCAGGGCGUGCAGCAGCUGGGCGUUGAGCUGGGGCGCUCGCCCGUCUUCCUGUACGAAGACCAGCACCGCAAGCCUGCCCCAGAGGACUACCCGCUCUUCCGGGGUGUCAACUUGGCCGACGGCAAGUGGCACCGCAUUGCCAUCUCCGUGCAGAAGAAGAACGUCACCCUGCUCUUGGACUGUAAGAAGCGCAUGACCAAGUCCCUGCCCCGUAGCAACAAUCCCACGAUUGACACCAAGGGCAUCACCGUGUUCGGUUCUCGCCUGAUGGAUGAGGUCUUCCAGGGUGAUAUUCAGCAGCUGCUGAUUGCAUCCAACCCUCAGGCUGCUUAUGACUUCUGCGAGCACUACAGCCCUGACUGUGACUCCCCUCUGCCCAGGAUUCAGUCCCAGGACCCCAACCCUCCCUACUUUGAUGAAGAGCGGGAUGACUAUGAAUACCCCUUUUAUUACGAGGAAACAACCGGCACCCCCUUCCCAUCAUCCUCCUCCUCCCCUUUCCCUUAUACGGGGGCCCCUGCCGAACAGGACAUAGAUCCUGCCUACUCAGAGAGUGGUCCCACCCCCACUGAGACGGAUUAUUAUUACACCUUAGAGGAGGAAGCAGCCCCACAACCAGAUGGUGAGGUGAUUGGACAUGAUGCAACUCCUGGCCAGGUGGAGGAACCAGUGGUGGAGGAGGUAGACUUGACCAAGGCAGGUGGCGAGGGGGCGUCUCAGUCUCCCGACGAGACUUUCACAGAGGAGUAUGUGACUGGUGAUUUUGGCAUGAAGGAAUACGACUAUUCCUACAAGGACUACAACGAGCCUAUGCCCGAGGGAGAGACCGACGCUGGCCAGAUGGGCCCUGCUCUGUCCGCAGUGACGGACGAGGGAGGCGCCGCCGUGAGUGCCCAGAAGGGAGAGAAGGGAGAGCCUGCUGUCCUUGAGCCUGGCAUGUUGAUUGAAGGACCCCCAGGACCUGAAGGACCAGCAGGUCUCCCUGGUCCUGCCGGCCCCUCUGGACCGCCUGGCUCUGUUGGUGAUCCUGGGGAGAGGGGUCCCCCUGGCAAAGCUGGACUGGCUGGUGCUGAUGGAGUUCCUGGACCCCCUGGCACCUCUGUCAUGCUGCCCUUCCGCUUUGGAAACAGCGCUGGAGAGAAAGGCCCAGUCGCUUCAGCACAAGAGGCCCAGGCCCAGGCUAUCCUGUCUCAGGCUCGGCUUGCUAUGAAAGGACCACCUGGCGCAAUGGGCUACACUGGCCGUACCGGACCUGUGGGAACUCCUGGUAGCCCUGGCCUGAAGGGAGAGAGUGGAGACCCUGGUCCUCAGGGUCCUAGAGGACCUCAGGGAUUGUCUGGGCCACCUGGCAAAUCUGGACGCAGGGGCCGUGCUGGAGCUGAUGGAGCCCGCGGUAUGCCAGGAGAGUCUGGUGUUAAGGGUGACCGUGGCUUUGAUGGGCUUCCUGGGUUGCCAGGAGACAAAGGAACGCGGGGUAACACAGGUGGAAUGGGAGUCCCAGGAUCUCCUGGCGAGGAUGGAGAGAGGGGAGAUGACGGAGAUGUCGGACCCAGAGGUCUUCCAGGUGAACCAGGACCCCGUGGUCUGCUGGGUCCCAAAGGUCCCACUGGUCUCCCUGGACCUCCUGGUGUGCGUGGAAAUGAUGGUCCUCAUGGUCCUAAAGGAAACUUGGGACCCCAGGGAGAGCCCGGCCCACCUGGGCAGCAGGGUCAACCAGGAACUCAGGGAAUGUCAGGACCUCAGGGAGCUAACGGACCGCCAGGCGAGAAGGGACCAAGAGGAAAGCCCGGUCUGCCAGGCAUGCCAGGAGCCGAUGGCCCCCCAGGUCACCCAGGAAAGGAGGGACCUGGUGGCACCAAAGGAAACCAGGGACCCAGUGGCCCUCAGGGUCCUAUUGGCUAUCCUGGCCCUCGUGGAGUUAAGGGCGAGCAAGGUAUCCGAGGACUGAAGGGGCACAAGGGGGAGAAGGGUGAAGAUGGAUUCCCUGGAAUCAAAGGAGACUUUGGAGCAAAGGGAGAGAGAGGAGAGUUGGGAGUUCCUGGCCCUAGGGGAGAGGAUGGUGCAGAGGGGCCAAAAGGUCGUGUUGGACCCCCUGGUGAGAUCGGCCCUCUUGGUCUCAUUGGAGAGAAGGGUAAACUUGGUGUUCCUGGUCUGCCUGGAUAUCCUGGAAGACAAGGAAUCAAGGGAUCUCUUGGUUUCCCAGGAUUCCCUGGUGCUAACGGCGAGAAAGGCGCAAGGGGUAUUAUUGGAAAGUCCGGUCCAAGAGGACAGAGAGGACCAACUGGACCCAGGGGUCAGAGAGGUCCUCGUGGUUCCACCGGAAAGCUUGGAGCCAAGGGUUCAUCAGGAAGCGAUGGCCCCUCCGGUCCACCAGGAGAGAGGGGACUGCCCGGGCCUCAAGGAGCAAACGGAUUCCCUGGGCCAAAGGGACCUCCCGGACCACCAGGGAAAGAUGGACUGCCCGGACACCCUGGACAGAGAGGCGAAGUCGGAUUCCAAGGCAAGACUGGCCCUCCUGGAGGACCAGGAGUUGUUGGACCUCAGGGUCCUGCAGGCGAGACCGGCCCAAUGGGUGAGCGUGGACAUUCUGGCCCCCCUGGACCACCAGGUGAGCAGGGCUUGGCUGGACCUUCUGGAAAGGAAGGAACCAAGGGUGACCCUGGUCCCCCUGGUGGCCCCGGAAAAGAUGGACCCCCUGGUCUGAGAGGAUUCCCUGGAGAGAGAGGACUACCAGGAACCCCGGGCGGCCCUGGACUCAAAGGAAGUGAAGGCCCAGCUGGUCCUCCUGGCCCAGCCGGAUCUUCAGGUGAGAGGGGCUCAGCUGGCGGAGCAGGCCCCAUCGGACCCCCAGGAAGACCAGGACCUCAGGGACCACCUGGAGCUGCAGGAGAGAAGGGAGUGCCUGGAGAGAAAGGACCUAUGGGCCCAGCUGGUCGUGACGGACUCCAAGGCCCAGUGGGUCUCCCUGGCCCUGCAGGACCACCAGGAGUUCCCGGAGAGGACGGAGACAAGGGUGAGGUUGGUGAGCACGGCCAGAAGGGAGCUAAAGGAGGAAAGGGAGAGCAGGGUCCUCCUGGUCCACCAGGAUCAAUGGGUCCAGUUGGCCAGCCUGGUGCUGCUGGAGCUGAUGGUGAGACCGGUGCCAGAGGUCAGCAGGGUAUCUUUGGAGCCAAGGGAGAUGAAGGAACAAGAGGAUUCCCAGGACCUCCAGGUCCUAUUGGUCUGCAGGGAUUGCCUGGCCCAUCUGGAGAGAAGGGAGAGACUGGAGAUGGUGGACCAAUGGGACCUCCUGGUCCUCCAGGCCCACGUGGCCCAGCUGGUCCCAACGGUGCCGAUGGUCCUCAAGGUCCUCCUGGAGGUAUUGGCAACCCAGGUCCCGCAGGAGAGAAGGGAGAGCCUGGUGAGUCUGGUCCACCUGGAAUUGGCGGAGAGCCUGGAAAGAAGGGUCCUCGUGGAGAGCGCGGUGAGAAGGGAGAGUCUGGACAACCCGGAGUUGCUGGACCAGGAGGCGGAAGAGGACCUACCGGAGAUGACGGACCCAAAGGAAACCCUGGCCCUGUUGGUUUCCCUGGUGAUCCUGGCCCCCCUGGUGAGGUUGGCCCAAGAGGAGCUGAUGGAGCCAAGGGAGAGAGAGGAGAGGACGGUGAACAAGGAGAAGCUGGCUCUCCAGGACCUUCUGGUGAGAACGGACCACCUGGGCCUCCCGGAAAGAGGGGUCCUGCCGGCACAAGAGGACCAGAGGGACGUCAGGGAGAGAAGGGCGCCAAGGGAGAUUCAGGUGCUACUGGACCUCCAGGAAAGACCGGCCCAGUCGGAGCUCAGGGCAACCCAGGAAAACCAGGAACUGAGGGUCUGAGAGGACUUCCUGGAUCAGUGGGUGAACAAGGUUCUCCAGGCCCUGCUGGCCAGCAAGGACCUCCUGGACCUCUUGGUCCUCCAGGUUUGCCUGGUCUUCACGGAGACCCUGGUGCCAAGGGAGAGAAGGGACACCCAGGUAUGAUCGGUCUGAUUGGACCUCCCGGUGAACAGGGAGAGAAGGGUGACCGAGGACUUUCAGGACCCCAGGGAACAAGUGGACCCAAAGGAGAGACUGGUAUGCCUGGUGGUACUGGACCUCUCGGCCCUGCUGGUCCUGCUGGUCUGCCUGGCCCCAGAGGUGUCAAGGGUGCUAAAGGUGCUUCAGGUGGUGCUGGCCCCAAGGGAGAGAAGGGUGUAUCAGGACCUCCAGGACCCCCUGGACCUCCAGGUGAUGUCAUCCAGCCACUGCCCAUCCAGAUCCCCAAGAAGUCCAAGCGUUCCAUCGAUGCCAGCAAGAUGGUGGAGACUGAUGGCACACCAGCUGAUUCCGCCGGUGCCGCCAACGAGGGCAUGGAGGAGAUCUACGGCUCCCUCAACUCCCUGCGCCAGGAGAUCGAGGCCAUACGCUUCCCUCUUGGCACCCAGGAGAGCCCAGCCCGUACCUGCCAGGACCUCAUGCUCAGCCAGCCAGAAUACAAAGACGGAGAGUACUGGAUUGACCCCAACCAGGGAUGCCAUCGCGAUUCCUUCAAGGUUUACUGCAAUUUCACAGCUGGUGGAGAGACAUGUCUCUACCCAAGCAAGGCCAUGGAAAAUGUGAAAUUGAACUCUUGGGCCAAGGAGACUCCUGGGUCCUGGUACAGUAAAUUUUCAAAGGGCAGCAAGUUCACAUACGUGGACUCUGUUGGCGAGCCAGUGGGCGUAGUCCAGCUGGGCUUCCUGCGGCUAUUGAGUGUCCAGGCCCGCCAGAACCUUACCUACCACUGCCACCGCUCCGUGGCCUGGGCCGACCGCACUACCAAGGACAAGGACCAGUAUCAGCGGGCACUGCGUCUCCAGGGCGCCAACGAAGAGGAGCUCGCCUACGAGACCAGCCCCUACAUCAAGGCUCUCGAGGACGGCUGCUCGUAUCGUAAGGGUUACGACAGGACGGUGCUGGAGGUCAACACGCCUCAGGUGGAGCAGCUCCCUCUGCUGGACAUGAAGAUCUCAGACUUUGGGGAGAAUAACCAGAAAUUUGGCUUUGAAGUGGGACCUGUCUGCUUCCUGGGUUAAAACACAUGCAGAGAGAGAGGGGAACACAAGCAUCGACACACUCGAAGCACACAGACAUACACUUACACUGAUGCACUCACUCACCUACACGUACAUGGACAUGCACUUAUACAACACAUAUUGAUACAACCACAUAGAUGUGCCAAUAUGAAUGCUCAGUGUUUUAUUAUUUUUUUAAGUUAAAAAUGUGGAAUACACACACUCAUACACUUGCACAGGCAUGCACAUACACACGCCACAAAAAGCACACACACACAAAUACACAAGAUCUGUUGUUAAACAGACCUGCACUCACUUAAGAACAUGCCCAGGGAAAACGACUCCCAAAGACCAACGGACGAGAAGAGAAGAGUAGAACACGCCCACACUCUCGCAGGGAGGAGAGCCAAGAUAGAACUGUGAGAGGAGAAAAGUGUUCUGGCCCGACUAGAACUGUGUUCUUUUGUAAUGAGUGGCUGAACCUAAAGGGUCAGCGACAAAUCCAUUUCCGCCCGUCCCCAAGCCCCCCCUCCCCACCCCGCCGCCCCUCCCCAGGUUUCGGAGAUCCCCCCCCUCUCGCUCCUGUCCCCUCCCCGCUGAUUUUUCUUUUCGAGGCGUCUCACCCUCUCUACCUCUUUGCUUUGUCCCUCAGCACCCAGCCUCAUAGAAAAGGCCCAGCCCUCCCUGUGCCUCACGUCCUGUGUCUUGAAACGCAAAAACAAAACAAAAAAUGGAUGCCCUCAAACGCAAGCCCAAAUAAACCACGGAAGUUUCGCCAGCUGACAAUGGACACCUGUCGACUGACAAGUAAGAGGAUAAAAUCAGACUGAGGAAUAGGGAAUUUAAAAAAGCGCACACUAAAGGAAAUAUCAAGCAGGAACAAUAAUGUCAAAUGUGGCUUUACAGUGUGUCUGUUGACAGGAACCUCCUGUUCAUAAGUCCAUCUACAGCGACACGCCUGAUUUAUCCAUGCUGUUGUGUUAAACCUUAAACAGUGUGCUUCAUGGGUGUGUCCCCUACAAAUCUUCUGAAAAUGACAAGAGGUAAGACGGAUACAUUUGGCACAGCUGUUGGCCUAAGUUUGAGAAAAGUCAUUUUUUUCAACCCCAGCAGUAAUAAAAAAAAAAUCUCGUCCUAACAGCAAUGUGUUCUGUACUUCAUGACUGUUUAUUGGGUUCACAAUGUUACAUGCAUUUGGGCAGAAGUGGGAUCAAAUGUACUGAACUUGAUGUGUUUGCUGUACAUGUAUUGUAGAUUUGAUUAAAGUUGCCAUUGUUCAGUUAACAGCUGCAGUUUAUAGGCAAGGCUUGAGCACAAAUGCCAUCGUACCAAUCCAGUAUUGAUGUUUUGGAAGGUGGAGGACAGUGGGUUAUAACAUCUGACCCUUUGCCAGAUGCAAUUGGUAUUAGACUAUCAAGUAUGCCUGGGGUGUAAAAUGUGUAUGUAUGCGCUCUUUUUGGUACUUCGUCUUUUUCUAUGUAUCAGUGAAUAAAACAAAAAAGCACACAAACAAAAACUGUGUUGCUAGGUGCUACUUCUACUACCAAAGGAGGCAGCGUUCAGCACGAACACUCAUUUGAUUAUGCCGCCCUUUCAUGUCAACAAUGAUUUUGUUUUUCUUUGGCUGGACUUUGUGCAUUACAAAUCAUUUGUACAGAGAUACUGAUAUUCUAUUGUAUUUAUUGUUAAAGGGAAUGAACAGAACAGGGUGCUCUAAAUCCUACCAAACUCUUUGCCGUUUUCAAGAAAGAAAAAUUGUGGUAUUUCGUUUGUAUUUAUUUCCUGUAGUUUUCACUUGAUGGGUCAUAAAUCAAUUAAAUAUAUACAUUAAAACCUAAUCUGACUUGAUCUGUGCAAUACUCAUGGUCUGUGCAUGUUAACAGGGCGUGUUGCUGACAAUUGUCUGACGUAGUCUCUUUACAAUCACGCAGUUCACAAGGACAAUCCUAGUUGUGGACUUUGUGUGGAGUUUGAUUCUUAUGCUUUGUCAUGGCUAGGUUUGGCUGGGCUACUGUGGGCCAUUGAGGUUCCGUGUAGGUGUGCAAGAGAAACAAAGAGUGCAGGAUGGCAUGGAUGUGGGACCCCAGCGGGCAAGAGAUGGCACGUGGGAGGGUGGGAUUGGGGAGGACAAUUACCAAACAUUGUAAUAUAAUUAAUUAAAGCAAUGGUGAAAUACAAUAUUGUUUAAUUUUUUUUAUUUUGUGCUUUGAUUCUCUUGUAAUAUUAAAGGGAUUGGGGGGAUGACCGAUGAAAAGAUAACCUGGGUAAAUAAAAGUCGUCCGUGUGGUUUUCAUUAGAGAGCCGUGCAGAAGAUGCAUUUUUUUUUUUAUUUGUUUGUUUGAUUUCAAAUGAAAAACAGACAUCUGUUUCAUAAAAAUAUGGUGCUGACAAGAGAAAAAAUAUUUUAUAAUGUUUGUAAGUAAUUUUUAAAAAUUCUGUUUCUGUAAUAUAUCAUCUUUUUAAAAAGA